GUGCUCGCUCGGCCGCCAUCUUUUCACUGUUAUAUCAAAUUGUGCUCCUAUAGUGCUAAAGAAGAAUCGUGUGAUAAGUUCUGUUAAAUCUAAGAAUGGCUCUAGUCAUCCGCCUACAGGGGCUUCCCGAUAUUGCUAACUCGGCUGAUAUUCGGCAUUUCUUUACCGGAUUGAAUAUUCCUGAAGGUGGUGUUCGAAUUAUUGGUGGAAAACUUGGUGAAGCUUUCAUUAAAUUUGCAGAAGAUGAAGAUGGUCGACGAGCCAUUAACCGUACAGGAGGAGUAAUUAAGAACUCAAAUGUUCAACUUUUUCUCAGCAGCAAGGCAGAAAUGCAACAUACUAUUGAAAUGAGCUUCAAAGAAGAGAAAAAUUGUAAACCAGAGUCAAGAUCUUCAGCUUCUGCAGAGGUUUCCAAACGCCCAUUCUUUGCUCAUAAAGAGAUUUCUGAAAGGUUUGGUGAUACUAAAGCAGCGUUUGCCAGUGGAGCAACAUCUGCUAAUACUCCAUCAUCCAUAGACAAUUUUCAAAGAAAUAAAGGAUCUCAGUCAUUCAGCAAUGUAGAAACCCCUUAUUUGUUUUUGUUUGGCCUUCCGUAUAAGGUAACUUAUGAUGAGGUUAAAUCAUUUUUUCAUGGUCUUCUUGUGGAUGAUAUUAUUUUUUUAAAGCGCCCAAAUGGUCUACGAAAUGGAAAUGGUUUUGUUAAAUUUGGGAGUGGGAAAGAUGCUAAUGCAGGAUUGCUGCGCAAUAAUGAGUACAUUCAUGAAAGAUUUAUUUCAAUAAGGAAGAGUUCUGAAGACGAAUGGGUCAAGGCUGGUGGUCAAAUUGAGAAAGUGUCUCAAAAUAAACAAAGAGCUAGAUCCCGAUCACCACUCAAGGCUGGUGGUCAAAUUGAGAAAGUGUCUCAAAAUAAACAAAGAGCUAGAUCCGGAUCACCAUUCAGGCAAGAGUUUUUCAUACAUCUAAAAAACUUAUCCUUUGGUGUGGAAAAAGAGGAUAUUAAAAAAUUUGUGUGUGAUCGUGAUAUGUCAGAUUCACAGGUAAAAUUCCUACUGGAUAAGAAUGGGCACAGAACAAGAGAAUGUUUUCUUGUUGUUCAAAAUGAGAGGCAGUUUCAAAAGUGCCUUGACUUGAACAAACAAAAUUUAUGUAGCCGUACAGUUUUCAUAUCCCCUAUUGAUAAAAAAUCAAUGGUAGAGCUUAUUGAAUCCAAUAUAAAACCAACACUACCCAAAAUGCGAUCGCAUGAGGACAAUGUUUCUAAAUUGAUUACUCCAGAAUCCCGUUUUAGUUUAAGAAGAUGUAUAUAUUUAAGAAACUUUAAUUUCGAUGUGAGUAAAAAUGAUAUUCAGAAGUUCUUUGAUGGAUUUUCUGUAAAAGUUGAGGAUAUCAUCUUGCUCUAUGAUCAAAGAGGAUUAGGCCUGGGAGAAGCCCUGGUUACAUUUCCUUCGGAAAUACAAGCUAUAACUGCUGAAAGGUUACACCGUCAGUGUUUCUUGGGAACAGAAAUCCUGUUGCAACGCAUCUCAGAGGCAGAGAAAAAAGAAAUUUGUUUCAAUACAUUCACAGAUGUGGUAGAUAAGAAAGCAAGGCGUUCCCCUUCCUAUGAGAACAAGAAUUUGGGGUCGGGAAAAUCACAUGAACCUCCUAAGAAUUUGUUUGAGAGAUCUGAUUUAAAAUCUACUUCUGGAGAUUUAGCUGGUUGGACAGUAGGUUUAUCUGAUCAAGUAAAACAUUUUGGUGGCACAGAGAAGCAAAGGGUUGACAUCAGAAACAUGACUGUUAUAGAUUACAGUCAUGGAGGAUCAACAUCUCAUCAAAGUGUUAAUUGUAGGCCAAGUGAGUUCACAACAGUACAAGUUACUAAUUUGCCAUUCACUGCAAAUGCUGAAGAGAUUUUAAAUUUUUUCCAUGGUUAUAGUGUUAUAUCAAAUUCAAUCACAGUCAGGCAUAAAAACACUGGAAUUCGCACUGGAUAUGCUAUAAUCUGCUUUGAAAACUAUGAGGAAGCACUGGCUGCUGUUAACGAACUAAAUGAUAGACCUAUUGGAAAACGUAAAGUUAGUUUGAGCAUAGUAAGUGGGGAAGUAAGAGAGCCCUACAUCAAUGGAAAAUCUCAAACUGUUCCUUACUGAAGUAAAUCAGUAAACUGCUAUUAUUGAUACAUUCUGAAAGUUUUGGUUUUUUUUUUUAAACCGGAGCAAUGUUGUGUUUUUGGAGUUUUUUUGCACGGGGAAGGUGUCUGUAUGUGUGUUUAUAGAUAGUACAAAACAAACUCCUCUUCAAAAUUGAGUAACUUUUAUGUACUAGUAACAUUUCUUCCUAACAAAUAGGAUUUCUAGCCCUAUAGUUGCAUAAUAGAUUAAUAUUUUCAGAUAUUAUGACUUGUAUAUACACUUAUUUUCAGAAACCUAACUGUUCAUGUAUUUGUUUUUCCUUUCCUGAUGGUGUACUGUCUGUGUAAUAAAUAUUUAAAUGUUUGUUUCACAUAUUAUAGGAAACAACAAAAAAUCCCACUGUCAUUGACCCUUUCUGCUUUAUCAGUGACUGGUUAUAACAAUUCAUGUUUAUAAUUUUUUAAAGUAUUCAUUUUAACUUUGCCAUUGUUCUGUUUCUUUUAUUUUACUAAUAGGAAAUACCCCCUGCAUUUUUAUUUAUUAAAAAAUGUGGUUUUGGAGAAACCAAUAAAAAAAAAAAAUCAUU